AUGAAAGCAUCCAUGGCUUCCAGCAUCGGACAAAUCGACCUGCUACCAACUACCGACUACCGACUUAGGUGGGGAGUGGGGGACCCUGCCAUACAAGGGAGCCCUAGAUGCUCCUCUAGGGGUGUAGCAGAUUCCGAAAAUCCGGACACUGCCACCAAGACGCAGCUAAAUUACCCGCGGUCAACAGCCACCGACCAUACAUAG